UGUUAAGACCAAGAUUCUUCAAUGAAAAUAAAAUGACUGCGAAAGAGAGUUUUGAGUUCAACACAACCAUGAUAAGACCGAAGUCCAAGCACACCAUUAGACAUAUCUUAGAAUUGCCGUCCAGCUUGCCACCAUCUAAACGUCCUGCUGCUAAACCUCCAGAUUCGUCUUGGACGAAACGAAGAAAACUAAUACUUCCUCCAGUAAAUAAACAGAAAUACCUAGAACCUUCACCUUGGUUACAGACCAAUUUCCCGUUCAAGGCGUUUCAACACAAACUCGCCACUGACACUGCUGGUCCAGAAGACCUGUCAGUCCGGCGGGCGAGAUAUACACAAGCAAUGAGCAAAGAAGAAAAACUCUCAACUAAUGGCGUGGGGUAUGCGGCCCAUCAGGUCGAUGGACAAAUGUCGACAUCAAAACGCAAAUCAUCGGGUGACGGGGCGGCGGCCUGCAACAAGGCCCAGUCAACCGUGGACGAGACGUUCGCGCACAAGAAAAGGAGACGAGCGCUGAAACAGAUGCAAGAGGUGACCGCCAACAAGGACAACAACAAAGGUUCGUCGGAACAACAGCAGCAAGACAACAACAACGGAGGCGGCAGUGCGGCGGCGCAAAAGUCAAUGGUGUUGCCCAAGAAACGGCCGCUAGCCGGUCAGCCAGUCACCGGGUCGGCCACGGCGGCCGGACAACAGACGGCUGCUGCCGUGCCGAAAAAACAGGCAAAGGCCAGCGGCGACGAGGCGGUGGACGACGAGACGCUCAUACGCGAGACGGAAGCGGCGCUCAAGAGCCUAUCGGGCGGGUGGCCGGGCGCACGGCACUCGUUCUACCGGACAGGACACGACGACGACCGGUACGAGUCGCCGGCGUUCGUCAACCUGUUCGACGAGAAGAAAAUCGGCAACGCCAGCGGUGCCCAUCCGCCGCUUCCGCCGCCGACGGCCAUCAGAGUGGACGAGAACAAGAACAACACGGGCGACGAGAAACCGACACAACAACAGCCGCCGCAACAACAACAACAACAACAACGCCGCGACCUCGAUCACAUUUUGCUCAACAAGAUCGACCAGAACAACAAAGAGUGCGAUCACAACAAGAAACCGGACAAAUACGCACCGUCCAAAUACGAACCGGACUUCAACGAACUGGUGGACGAUUCGUCGGACGAGCUCGAGAUCGACAUGUCGGCCGACGGUGGCGGUGGCGACGGCGGCUGCAGUGGCGGCGAUGACAAGGGCGGCGGCGGCGUUGACGACGACGGCGACGACGACGACGACGACGACGGCGACAACGACGACAACGACGAGAGCGGUGGCUGCGGACGCGGCCGCGGCAGAGGUCACGCCGGCGGCGACCGGCUCCGGCGCAAGAUGGACGUGGACCGCAGGAACAACAACAGUCACAUGCGGUCCAACGAGAUGAUGACCUCUCUGAAGUCCGAGUCCGAGUCGUCGUCGUACGACGCGUACCUGAUGGACAAGACGGCGUUCUCAGCGUUCCGGCCGGUGGCCAGCGGCGGCGUCGGUGAGCCCAAAGACCCGACCCGCCUGGACUUGCCCACCGCGGUCGGCGCGGCCAUGUCUCCGCUGGGACCGUAUCCGCCGGCCGGCGCCACUUUCGUCGUCGGUUACACGGUGCCCGGCGGCGGACUGGUGUCCAACGGCGUCUCGGCGGUUGCUGGGGUAGGGCACGGUUCGCCGGCCAAACACUUGUUGACCAGCGGAAACGCAGUGGGUGGCAAUGGCGGUUCGGUGACGCCGGUCAAGCCGGUCUGUGUGAAAUUGGAAGACGACGGUUGCAGCAACGGUGCGGCCGACUGCAAGGCUGACGGGGCUGUCAUCAAGAUGGACUCGCCCAGUCCGCUGUCCAAGCAGUACACCAUACUUCAGCCGGCUGGCGCCGACUCCCGGGCGGCUUCCGCGCUCCAAGACGUGGCCAGGGAAGGCGUGCUGGGCGCUUCGGUGGUGAGCGCGGCCGGCGGCGAUGGCCUGUCGCCGAGGAUGACGUCCGGCGGUGGCACGCCCAAACUGCUUCUCGAUCCCAUGGAUAGCGGAAUGAUGCUACCCGGAUGCAUGAACAACAAAGAUGGAAAUAAAUGUCCCACGCCAGGAUGUACCGGUCAAGGACACAUUACAGGACUGUAUUCGCACCACAGAAGCUUGUCGGGAUGUCCCCGCAAGGACAAAGUGACGCCAGAAAUUUUGGCCUUGCACGAAACGAUCUUAAAGUGUCCCACUCCCGGAUGUAAUGGUCGGGGACACGUGAACUCCAAUCGAAACACGCAUAGGAGCCUGUCCGGCUGUCCAAUAGCGGCGGCCAACAAACAGGCGUUGCGAGAACGGCAAAAAAAACUGUCACAACAACACAUCGCCGCGCUUACAGUGUGCAACAACGGAGGACUCGAUCAGCAGCAGUACAAGCACAUGGGCAAUAUCAAUAAAGACGCGUACCAGCAGAUGGGCGGCCACUACGGUGACCACUGCGGCGGCGGUGGUUCGACCGGCCGGUCGCCGGAAUACCUGACGGCGGCCACGGCGUACUAUGGUCCGGCGGCCGUGGGUGCCAAACUGGCGGUCAAGCCGUCCAAAAUGUUGCAGCACAAAGAUCUAGACGCUAACGUACCGGACAUGGAAGACGAGAAGCCGGACGCUAAACAACUCCGCCUCAAGACCGAGAUGGGAUGCUGCGGCGACGUUGCCGCACCAGGAACGCAAGACGACUCCAUGACCAUCAAGUCGGAAAUGCACUCGGCUGGUUCGUGUCGUUCGGUGACGCCCCCGUGCAGCCGGCGCACUCCGAUGACUAUGUCGUCGUACGACCACUGUCACGAUUCCAACUCGUCGUCCAUGUCUGGUAGCAUGGAUGCCAUAAACCACCAUCAACAGCAACAGCAACAACAACAACAACAACAGCAGCAGCAACAACAGCAGCAACAACAACAACAACAGCAGCAACAACAACAGCAACAGCAACAACAGCAGCAACAACAACAACAACAACAAAUCCAACCACACGGCAACAGUGGAAUGUCAGGUCAACAACAACAACAACAACAACAUGGUUCGUCCGGAUCUUACAUGUUGAUGGACAACAACACAAGACUGCAACACAGACCGUACGAACCGCAGCAGAUCAACGGCGGCAGCGGUGGCCAACAGCAAGACAUGUACAACAGGUCGGUGGCCGCAGACCGCAACUACGCGCUGACCAACAUCAACCGGCCGUCGCCGUCGUAUUCCACGGAAGUUCCCGCUCGGUCGCAGUACGACCACGUCAGGCCGCCGUCGUAUCCCAAUCCGCUGAACGCGGCCGUGGCCGCAGCCGCUGCGGCGUACGCCGACCGCUACGAAUCCGAUCAGUCAUGCCAACGGUACCCGUCCGAAUACGGGGACGCCGCCGCCGCCAUGUACCAACCGCACCAGAUGAUCAUGAAGCCCGAACAGCCCGUCCAGAUGGACGAUGCCAUCGAACCGCCACUCUAUCCCAGGCCGCUGUACCAGUACGAAGGAGCGAAUCCACCCACUUCUACCGGCGGUGGCCCGGUCAUCCAAUCGGGUUUUCCCACAGCAGCAGCGAUCAAUCUGUCGGUGAAGUGCAUCGCUGCUGCGAGUACCGGGAUGAAGCCACUUCCGUUACCGUUGCCGCUACCGCUAACCCGGUCGCCGGGCACAGUGUCGGUUAUGGAUCUGUCCACGUCCAGCGUGACUUCAACCAGUCCACAGACUGUCACGUAUUCAAACAGCCUAAGUCCACACCAUUACGCAGGAACGGCCGGACACCGUACCAGCCCGAAUACGUCGACAUCCAGUCCGCAAGUCAAUCAAGCACCAAGCCCACAAGGUCAAACUUUGGACCUCAGCGUCAACAGGGCACCUGGCAGGCUAGUGUUUCCUGGCGGAGCACCUAACGGAUAUAGCAGAGAGUCGACACCCGAGAGCGGAGGUUCCCAUUACAUGGACCAUUAUAGAGAUGUGAACGGUUACACGUCACUGAGCCCACAUCCCGGAUAUCCGAUGCCAGAGUACGCAAAUGGGUACUCAACGCCGUAUAGCACGUCAACAUACUCGUGCGGCUAUUCGGCAGGUGCUUACCAGCAAGGUGCACCGCCCAACGGGUUCUCUCAGAAUCCAUGUUACAGUAUGCCGCCGCCGCAACAAGACAAACUCUCGGUCUCGUCCAAAGACGACAGUAUUUCUGUUUGUGCAAGAAGUGAUCGUUCUUCAUCACAACCAGGAAUUUCUUCAACACAUUCACAAGAACUAAAAUGUCCCACACCAGGCUGUGAUGGUUCUGGUCAUGUAACAGGAAAUUAUUCUUCUCAUAGAUCUUUAUCUGGAUGUCCUCGAGCCAAUAAGCCAAAGAGUAAACCUCGAGACGGUCAAGAUUCUGAGCCACUAAGAUGCCCUAUACCUGGGUGUGAUGGAUCUGGACAUGCUACAGGCAAAUUUUUAUCUCAUAGAAGUGCAUCCGGUUGUCCAAUUGCAAAUCGUAACAAAAUGCGCGUACUCGAAAGUGGGGGAACUGUUGAACAACAUAAAGCUAAUAUAGCCAAACUGCAACAACAACAACAACACCAUCACCAGCAGUCCGAUCAGACUGGCUGUGAACCAUCUCAUUUAAACUCUAGUUCAUUUCUUCACCGUGGUGCACCAACUCUCAGCGUUUGCCAUCCAUCAGCACCUAAUUUAGCAUCUGGAAAGAAACCUAUCCCAGCAAAUGCUGCUGAUUCAUUAUAUCAUCAUAUGUACGGCUCGAAACAACUUCAUAAUGAUUGUAAUAUGGGGAACGGUGGUGAAGAUCUAUUUACUUUGGAUGCUGAAAUAACAGAAUUGCAGCGAGAAAAUGCACGCGUCGAAUCCCAAAUGUUGAGAUUGAAGACAGACAUCAAUGCUAUGGAGGCUCAUCUUCGACACGGGGAUAAGGAAACACAAAUCUUAUCUCAACGACAAAAUUCCCAUUUGAAUGGGUACUAUGAAAACCUAAGGAACAAUAUGAUGUCAUUUUUAGAACAAGUGAGAUGUCCAGAUGGUCAAUCAGGUUCCGAAAAAACUCAAGAACACUUUGACAGUUAUUUGACAAAAUUACAAACAUUAUGCAAUAACCCACAUUCUGAAUACAUGACCUAUAACAAUUUGACCUCAUCCACUGCAGACAACAACCGUCCCAUCUAUGAAACAGUUAAAUCAUCCAUACAUGACUACAAUGUGUUACCACCAACAGCCAUAUAGAACGAUGCAAACACUUAUUUAAUCAGUGAUUAGCAAAUGGAUUAAAUGUCUACACUUUCCAAACAACGUUUAUAGUUAAUAUUAUAUUGUUAAACCCCAUGGACAUUUUUAUAUAUACUUAAAUACCUGUAUAAAUAUUAACUAAAUUGUAAAUUAGUUUAUGUACGGUUUUAAAUAUUAAUUUUGCAUUUGGAAUUAAUUGACCAAAUCUAAGUAGAAAUUUGUAUCUAUUUAACUAUAUAACAUAAUAAAACUAUUAUAAUAACAGUUUUAU